CUCCGCACGCUGUACCUGGGGCUGCAGAGCCGGUGGCAGGCCGAGCACCGCCGCCGCCACUUCUACUGGCGGAUGAUGUUCGAGAGCGCAGACAUCAGCAUGCUGCGGCUGCUGGAGACCUUCCUGAAGAGCGCGCCCCAGCUCGUGCUGCAGCUCAGCAUCAUGGUGCAGCAGAACAGCAUCGAGCCGCUGCAGGGGCUCUCGGCCUCGGCCUCGCUGGUCUCCCUGGCGUGGAUGAUCGCCUCCUACCAGAAGGUGCUGCGGGACUCGCGGGAGGACAAGAAUCCCAUGUCCUACAAGGGGGCAGUAGUGCAAAUCCUGUGGCACCUCUUCACCAUCGCUGCGCGCGCCAUCGCCUUCGCCCUCUUCGCCUCUGUGUUCCAGCUCUACUUUGGCAUCUUCAUCGUCACCCACUGGUGCAUUAUGACCUUCUGGAUCAUCCAGGGCGAGACGGACUUCUGCAUGUCCAAGUGGGAGGAGAUCAUCUACAACAUGGUGGUAGGCAUCAUCUACAUCUUCUGCUGGUUCAACGUCAAGGAGGGAAGGAGCCGCUACCGCAUGUGCAUCUACUACGUCAUCACACUGUCGGAGAACGCCGCUCUCACCGUCCUCUGGUUCCUCUACUACGACCGCAAGGCCACCUCUGACUUCGACGCCUUAAUCCUUGUCUGCGUGGUCAGCUCCAGCUUUGCCCUCGGCAUCUUCUUCAUGUUCAUCUACUACUGCCUCUUGCACCCCAACGGCCCCAUGUUCGGCCCCCACACCGGGGGCUGCAUUUUCCGACAGCGGCCAGCCCCAGUGCCGGGGUCCCCCACAGACGCCGUCACCAGCCCUCCCCGCUCACUGCCGCGGACUACAGGGGGGGAGCGGGACGGGGCGCCGGGGGAGCGGGACAGCUGCGUGCCCGUCUUCCAGGUGAGACCCUGCCCCCCACCGGCACCGGCUGCCCGCGCCCCGCGGACAGAGGGGCCCGUCAUCCGCAUUGACCUGCCCAGGAAGAAGUACCCAGCCUGGGAUGCCCAUUUCAUCGACCGGCGCCUGCGGAAGACCAUCCUGGCGCUGGAGUACGCGUAGCCCACCACUCCGCGCCUGCACGGGAAGGUCGGGGUGACAGCGGAAUGGGGCUGGACGUCGCUGGGGUCACUGGUGCUAACUGGUGCUAACUGGAAGCCUCGGAAAAAACUUUUGGAGGAGGGUGCAGAGGAUGUCUGGGGGUGGGCAGUGGGCCAGGCCCCCUGCGACCCGCACCCCUCCUUCACCGCCAGUAAUGGGCAGACCCCGGCGGCAGGGGUCUCAGCAGCAGGCAGCACCGAGCUGGGGGGGGGCAUGGGGCAGCCAUGGGAGCCGAUCCUGGUCCCAGAGCUUGGCCACCCUCCUGCCACCCAGUAG